AACUAGCGAAUGAGGUUCAAGAAAACUUAUCAACAUGACAUGAUUACAAAGAUAUAUCAUCAGCUUUAGAAAGAUCUUCAUGCAUGACACGCAAAAAGUCCUUCUUUCGAUAUUUUGGUGCUUGCUUGAACAUCAAACCUGCGGAUUCAGGAAAUAAUCUUUUGACGGAAUUACCAAAAAGUGGUCUGUAUCGCAAGCGUGCGAAAACAGGGCGAGGGCUUGCAAACGACAUUCGCAUCAGCGACUUCCGGUCGGAAUGAAACAUACUUUCAAGGCUUAAGUUCCUGAACGAUCGACGAUCUCGGGGAGGGCGUUUUAGAAUCAGUACAGCCGUUACUAAAGCGAAUGUAAAGGAAAGCGAAAAUUUCAAAUAAUUCAAUGUGCUUCUUCAAGUCAAAGAGAAAAGAACGCCGAUACAAACACUAAAAUUUUGGGAAAUUCAUUUCUUCCUGUUGCAAGACUGCUACAAUACACAAUACAUGAUGAGGGAAAGAGUUGGACGAGAAUAUUUCUAGUCAAAGGGAAAAUUUCUAAAUCAGGACAGCUUGAUCUUUAAACGAAUUUUGGUCUUCGUAUGUAUGUUUAAGUCAACAUCUGCCCAAGCGCACCAAUGUUCCGUCUUCCGAUGGAGAAGUGGAGAUAAAAUAUCCUUCUACAAUUACACACAAACUUGUAAUUACGAAGAAAAUCCAUGCAGACAAAUGAACAGCAAGUUAAUUCCUUCGUCAAAAGGUUGUAUUUGUCAGUGCUUUAAAUCUCAUAGUACUUACAGAGAAGAUCUUAACACUUGUAUAAGAAACAAAGAAAGUCGCGAUGGGUGUACAUUACAUUUCAGUGGAGAAAGAGCUGAUAGUGUGCUAAGAAUAUUCGAUGGAUCAAGCUCUAUAAGGUUGUAUACUCUUCCAAGGGAGGACUGUGAUAUCACAGGAACAAGUUAUCUCACAGCAACUAGCUCUGCUGCAUGGAAAAAGUUCUUAAGAAAGCAGCCACCUUUUCGCAUUCACCACGAGGACACAAAAAUAGUUAAACAUGCUCACUUCCUUAAGUGGAAUGGAAGAAACCCACAGGUUCAGCGUCAGCUGUUUGGAAAGGUUGUUAAAGUCUUCUUACAAUGCACCAGUAGAAGAGACAGCAACAUCCCGAAAGAUUUGUGCAUUUUGUUCAAAGUCAGGGGCAGCACUCGUGUACCUUGUCAAGUAUCCAACCCAUCAUCACCAACAUUGAUGACAACACUUUCUAGUACCAGCCCAACCAAGAAUACAACAGAAAAAAAAGAUGGAGGUUUAACAGUUCCAGUCACGACUCAAAGAGAGGGUGCCACUACCCCAACUACAGAGCAGCCGUCAUUCUUAAAUGAGGGUGACAAAGAGUUCCAUGAUGUUGGUAGUAGUGGUCUUCCUGUUUGGCUCAUUGCAGUUGUUGCAGGUGGUGCUGUUAUUGUCACCUUGUCCUUCACUGCAACUUUAUGGAUUUGUUGGAAAAUGAAGCAAAGGAGUCGAAGAAAACGAAAAAAGAGCAGAGCAAGGCUUCAUGUUGGUAAUGCACUCUAUAAUCAAGAAGGUGAGACAGUUCUUCCCUAUACCCCACCUGAAGGCCAGCCAUCUGUUGAUGAAGCAGGUUAUGCAAAAGUAGGAAGUCCAAUGCGCAAGGGGUAUGCCUUCUUGAAACCUGCACCUGAUAGAUGUCGUUCAGAAUAUCAAAAGCUGAUUAAGCCAAAAGAAGAUCAUUCUGGUUAUUUACUUCCCCUGGAAGAAACAGGACACUCUGACUGUCAAUCAGAUGGAGCUAUUUACAGUGAACCCCAAAGUUCAAAACCACCUCAGGAUAAACCAAAGAAUAAAGACUAUGAUUAUGCUAAACCAGAAGGAAUCAUUGUCUUAACAGCAAGUCGCACAAGUUUGGACAAUCUUGAUUCACACAGACAUGCUGGUUCUGAGCACAAUGAAGGAGAUUAUGUUGCAACAAGAGAAGCUGAUGAUCCUUCAUCACCAAUAUAUACAACUGUCCAAGGACCUAAUUCACCUGGAUCACCAUAGGCCUCUUCAGAAGAGCCCUCACAAGACAAUGAGUGUAAUGAUUAUAUUGAAGUUCUCCCAGAUUGAGUGAUUGGAACAUAGAUGUAGACUACCUUAAGUUUACUUCUGCCAAAUGGAAAUUCCAUGGAGACCAGCUGACAGGGUUUCUAAUUGAAACCAGGCUGCAUCAGCCCCUUGAAAUACCUUCAUGUUAAUGUCCUCAUUAACGAUAGAAUCUUAUUUCUGAAUAUCAAGGACAGUCAUGCAGGUUGAUCUUUGAUAAACAUACAAAAAACCAACAAGAGGGGGUUAAGUCAUUUGGUGGAAUAAAAAAAAAAUUAUCUAUAAAAAUGAGAAAUAUGCCUCCUGGUUCCUGGAGAAUAAUAAGCUCAACAUAGAUUAGAAGAUAAGUAGAGAAGCUAGUCGAACAGUGGAAAUUUGUUAUUUAUAAUCCUUUAACUCUGCAGAUGUGAUUGUUAAUUCUCCCCUUUCCUUGUAAAUUAGUUACAAGAA